UUUUCACCUCCUGAAUACGAAAAUCGUAGUUUAAUAGGCAGGCCAGAAGUCAACGCUAGUCUAUUUAUUUUAACAAAUACAAGCUGCAGCGUCUGCGGGAGACUCCGCCGGUCGGUUAAUGGGCUCUGAUGGCGAAGACGAUCGAGACGUAAUCUUAGGUAUCGGCGAGGUGCGUGAUUCGAAUAGAGCGCUCACGUGACCCCUGUAUUGACCUCAUCCUUGAGCCCGUUCUUUCGCCGCUACACUCGGCGAGCAAAGGGGGCAGAGCAUCAACGAAAAUUUCAACGGCGAUUUCAGCGCUGCUACGCGCAUAAUCGAGAAAAUGACUGCAGGAGUAGAAUUAUACUGUGUCAGCUUUCCAAACCCCCUUAAAUCUUCCAAUUCUAAAACCUCUUCAGCUUCCCUUUAAUGCGCAGAGAGCCGCGGUAGCGGACACGCUUUCACGCGCUCCCGCCAUUGCGUCAUUCUGCCCACUCCGCGCGAGAAAUGCUGGGAUGCGUGGCCGGUGCGGCUCGGCGUGGUGAGAGAAAAAUAGGAACGGAGCUAUUCACGUGCCAGCAGCAAUGGAACGCGCCCGACAGCGCUAGACACACCGGUUGUGUCGUGUUGUUGGAGUAUAGACGCCGGUCGUUCGCCACCGUGAUGUCGGAGUAUAUCCGUGGCUUGAGGCAAUUCGCGUUUGCCGUCUCGGUCGACUGCUGAACUUCUGGGCAGCCGCGCUGUAACUGGUAUUUUGGCUCCCGCAACUGCACUAUACGCAAUAAGCGUAUACAUAGAGUGCUAUGGGAAAGUUAACGGGAGACUGAAAAGACCGUACUAUAUCCGGUCCUGCAGUGUAAGCGGUUCCGUUAUAAGUGGUCUGUACUGUAGAUGAAUAGUAUAUUCCAGUGAAGCAAUCUCGUCAAUGAAGUAGGACUGGUAAUUGUGCAGUUUUCUUGUUAGCAGCCGUUUUGAACAGCACCUAAGCAGACGGCGUGUGCAUCUGGUGGUUGUCGUUAUGACGCAAGUCUCGGCAUGCUGCCUCCGAGGUAAGGCUGACAGGCUGAGGUGACAUGCACUCUAGGUCAUGCAUCACUUUCGUUGAGCAGUGGAGGAGUUUCUUCUGUUUCUGUAUCCAGAAACGGCUAUUUUUGCAAGCUUUUUGUGACACUUUGGUUCAUAUUUCAAUGUUGCGUUUGCACGGAGACUCCUCUGUAUCUACACAAUCAGUACGCUUUUCGUGCAGUCCAAAAUUUAGUUACAGUUGGCAUUUGAGUUUUGUUUAAAUUUAUUUCGAAAGGAAGAGAAGCAUGUGGCUAGUACAUCAUGUUCAAGCAUGGUGUUCUGCUGUGCAGAGAUUGAUGUCUCAUGUGAAAUCUGUCCUGUUGGCUGUGUGCCAGUCGAUGAAAAGCAUUUGUUGUGAGACUGCUCUAACCUCUGCCGGCUAAUGUCAGUCCAUGAGAAGCAUUUCUUCUCACCGGAGCAAAAUGCUUGUCGCCUGCUUCGUGACUUAGCGAUUUCGUCUCAGUCUUGCCUUCUGAACCUUUUCUUCUUUCCAACCCGCAGAUGGUGUCGAUGUCGCUGCCCACAACCUCAUCUCAUAGAUCGGUGGAGUUCCUUUCAAAAUCAGAGAACUGGCCAGGGUCUGCAUUGAACGAGCGCUCACCUCGCGCCUGCCUGGCAGAGGUCAAGCGCCGGCGUCGCACGCCCCCUGCAGGACCCAUAGUACCAGGACUGGUAGGCAGCAAGGCUCCUCCCGUGGGAGAGUCCAGUGUGGGCACCAGCUGCUCCGGCGGCUUGGCUGGGAGCCCGGUCGGGGGCUGGGGCCAGCCGGUGCAGGGGUACUGCUGCCGGUGCCGGCGCAUGUUCGUCCACGAGGUCGCCCGGGGCUGGGGUUUGCACCCCACCACCGCCACCCCCGUCGCCACAGCCGUUGCCCACGGUGCAGCAGCCCAACGUGGAGGGGGCCUCCCUCUCCAGCUGACCAACCCUGCAGCCUCGUCUCCCCCACACUGCCUGCUGGCCGACAACGUCGCCGAGCCCGGAAUCUCACAAUGCCAGCCACCUGAGGUCUGAAGGCAGCACUUUUCCCGAGCCCUGCUGGCUACAGCUGCUGCAAAGGGGUCUGUAUGCAAAGCAUCCUUGAUUCGCAAGGCCAGGCAUCUUGUGGAGUCAUUAUCACUGCCCGAUGGAAACAUACUGCACAUGUUUCUAGCACGCUGAGCCUUUUUGAUGGUGAACUGGACGUUCAUGUGUGCGUGUGACUCAGUGGUGGACCAAGUGAAAAGAAGAAAUGCUUACCUGGUGGUUUUUGGUGACCCGAGGAACAAGUGGGCUACGUUUCCUUCGACCUGCCUGCCAACCGUAUUGUUUUGGCAGAGCAGGUGUCUCGUCUCUCUUGUAUAAUGAUGGUUAGAAUUCCUAGAUGCACAGCCUUUUGUGGUAAGUUUUUACUGCCAUUCACAUGCUUUCAUGGUAUCAUUGUUGCUCCAUUUUCAUGGAAUGAUUUACCAUUCGACCUUAGUUCUCUUUGUACAUUUUUUUUUUUGCUGAUGGUUAUGGUUGGCUUCAAUUUGCUUUAUUUAAUAGGAAAAACAAAAUUAAACCAGUAAACACAUUCUCGCUCUCCUUUUAUAUGGUGUCUUCUGUGAUCACAGGUUAUUAAAGUGCAGUGACUAUGCAUUGACUGCACUUCUUGAUCGGUUGAUGAUAAGGGAUGUGAUGGGGCACCAUUGUACAGAUAGCAGCCAUGUUGUCCCUUUUGUUUCCUUCAAUGCCAGCUCAUCAUAAUAAAGCAUUUUGCAUUAAUGCAAAGUCGUAAUGCUUUGUCCAGUAUUGCAGUGAAAUGAUCUUCACUUCUUCACUUUUGGUCAUUGAAAUUUGUUCUUCAAAUAUCUGAAGACUCGUAGUAACAAUAUGAUUUUUCUGAUUAACUUGCACACUAAAAUGUCCUUGCAUUUUUUUCCGCCAUCAUGUUGCUCUCAUUGGCAGUCUUGACACUGAUUUUUUUACUGCAAAACAUGACCUAAUAAAUGGGCCAGUGGUCUUCAUUGGUGAA